AUGGUUAAAGACUCCAAAGAUCUAGGAAAAUAUGAAGAUUUCCUACAUCAAAUGCGGAGAGCCUUUACCACAACGGAUCAAGAAGAGGACGCACGUCAAGAAUUCCUAAGAAUGCUUAGGAAAAAUGACAGGGUUGCAGCCGCAGACACAGCCAAGAUUAUUGGGGAAUUUAGAGGUCUGGCAGACCUCGUAAAAUUGACUGAUAGCGAAUUAAUCUCAGCAAUCAGAGAUAGAUUGCAUAAGGAGAUUAAAAAUGUCCUUGCGGCAAGGGGAAGUUCCCAGUGGCCCAAGAAAUGGUUGGAGUACUGUGAUUAUGUACUCGACAUUUGCAAAGACAUGGAUAUUUAUCAGUCAAUAUCCUCAAUAGGACCCGCUCCUAAGGAUCCAAAUGCCAUGGAGGUGGAUAAUACAUCCAAGCAGAAGCAGUCUGGCUCUAGACAGACUCAACAGCAAAGAAACACUCCUGAUCCAAGAAAGAGACAGGAGGGCAAUGCUUUGAGUAUGCAAGAGGUGCAGAAAAAAGGUCGACGAUGA